AUGUCGCAGACCAUACUACAAUUACCUGACCUGUGCAUGUCUGACAAUGCACCACUCGUCCUCAGUGUUAGGGCUUGUCUUAUUGUAGUAGGAGUAAUUGCUUGGGCUCGCCGUCGUAAACCAGAGAGCGACCUUCCUCUCCCACCUUCCCCUCCCACUUGGAGACUUGGGGGGUACUUCCUGCCGCGUCACCAUUCAUCCCUUACCAUAGCGGGAUGGAUUGACGAGUACGGUCCUCUGAUCACCAUUCGGUCAAAAUUUGAGAGGAUUAUUAUCAUCGGCCGUUACAAAGCCGCCGUGGAUAUUAUGGAGAAUCAGGGAAAAUUGACAGCUGACCGUCCUCGCAUGAUUGCAGCUGGAGAAAUGUUUGGCGGCGGGAUGGGCAUCGGAUUUGCAUAUUGGGGGGACAGGUUCCGUCGUAUGCGUAGAGCACUUCACACGCAUCUCCAGCCUAAAGCGGCUGCGGCAUAUCAGCCCCUGCAGAUGUCACACGCGAAGGAUACAGUCCUUGGCAUUCUUGAUGAUCCUCACGGCGACUUCCAGAAGCAUGUGAUAACUUAUGCUGCGACGACAAUCAUGAAGAUUGCUUAUGGGAAGACUACGUCCACAUCUGCGACUGAUUCUUCAGUCGUUGAAAUUCGACAUUUCGUCAAGACAAUUAGUGCGGUCGUGCGUCCUGGUGCUUACUUGGUGGAUUCAAUUCCGUGGCUCAAACACAUUCCUUGGUAUAGGCGAGACUUAAGACGGGGGUUCGGAAAGACCAAGAAACUCAACCUUGGUCAGCUAAACUGCCAGAGCGACAUGGACAUCGGCCCUUCAUUCGUGAGAUAUAUUCUAGAAAAUCGCCAUCUCUAUGGUUUGUCAGACACCGAGAUGGCCUUUCUUGGUGGUUCUUUUUUUGCAGCUGGAUCCGAGACGACCUCUACGGCAAUCUGUACAGUACUUAUGGCAGCUGCAUGUUUCCCUGAGGAGCAAGCUCAAGUUCAGGCUGAGCUCGAUGCGGUCAUCAGAAGGCGUCGAGCGCCCACCUUCGCUGACCAACAAUCUCUUCCUCGCCUGCAAGCAUUCAUCUCUGAGUCUUUGAGAUGGAGACCACCCUUGCCUACCGGUGCGCUGGCUCACCGAGCAACUCAGGACAUAAUUUGGGAAAACUAUUGUAUUCCAGCCGGGACCUCGAUAUUCAAUAAUCAUUGGGCCAUCUCUCGAGAUCCAGACGCCUACCCGGAGCCUGACGCGUUCAAGCCUCAGCGCUGGAUUGACGAGCAAGGUCACCUGCGAGUUGAUUUAAUAUUCUUUCCCUACGGCUUUGGUCGGCGCGUAUGUCCCGGUCAACAUGUCGCACAAAGAUCGGUAUUCAUCAACUCGCUCCUUAUUUUUUGGGCUUUCCGGCUCACGUUGGAUCCUACGAAGCCAUUGGAUGACAUGGGGCUGAUGAUCGGGGAGAAAUCAGACAAUCCGUGUACUAUCAAGUUUGAGGCAAGGAUCCCGGCAACGGAACUUAGGUUCUUGAUGCGCAAUUAUCCCGACGGAAAUGGACUUCGAAGCAGUUCGGAAUGAAUGGCCUAACAAUGUUACUCUUACCGCUAUCGCAGUUUGCUUCUGGAUGUGGCUGAUUCAUGCAUCAAAGCUGCAAGGCGGAAAGGGGAGAAGAAGAAUAGGAAUAAUUGUCACUUGUAAUACCAAUUCACUGUAUCCCUGUAGUUCUGACACUCCCGAGAAGCUCGUGCACACAAAAUUGACCGCUCGCGAGGCAUCUUCAGCUGGUCCGGAUAACAUCAAAUCAAU